AUGUUAUUCUGUUCCUCUCCUUCUCAUUCCUCAAGACUUGGUGAAAUCUUCGGUAAAGAUGAGCGGCAUUCUUCUCACCCUAUAAAGCCUACAGCAUUUUUAUCGGACCGUCUGGCGGAAGGCCAUCCUUCUUCUUCAGUACGAGCUAGGUUCAUUUCACCGACUUCGACUUCGAAGGAUUCUGAGUUUUAUCACAUGGCUGCCGAUCUUUUGAGCCCACUCACACUGCCAAGGAGCCACAGUCGAGAAUUGGCUUGGUGUCGACUAGAAACGCCUCGACUUCAUAAGGUAAAGUGA